AUGCCAAAAACGAGGUCUCAGAGGAAUGCCGAUGGAUCCAAGGGAAAUGGAGGAAGCGGUCCCCAUCAGUCUGCCCGGAGUCCGACCCCUGGAGGCGAGGGUGCGGGACCCUUACGGAUCCCGCCUGAGCAAUUGGUUCAGGCGGUAGCAGGGAACCUGCCCACUUUUGAGGCCAUUGUGAAUUACCUCAGGGGGCAGACGGGAGGACAUCUGGGCCAGGGGCCAAAGAACUCGGAGGAGGGUCCAACCGAGUCCAGGACUGGGAGCCCUAACCCCCAGCUCAAGCGAGUGCGCCGGGAGCCCACGCGCGAACACAUUGACAUCGGGGAGCCCUCUCACAAGCACUCCCGAACUGAGCAUCCGGAGCCUGUCCGGAGGUACUCUAAGGAUGAGCUCUCGCCUCGGAAAGAGCAGCUCCAGGUGCAGGACGAGCUGGACCUGCUCUUGGACACAGAGGCGGAUAAGUACAUCGCUUCCCCUUUCGUGCCCGAUAUUGAGGACUAUCCGUUGCCUGCGAAGUUCAAGAUACCUAGCAUGAAGUCUUACGAUGCGACCACGGAUCCGGAGGAUCGCUUGUUUGCCUUCCUGACCCAAAUGCGUCUGCAAACUGCUGCAAAUGCGGUCAGGUGCAAGACUUUCCCAAUGUUUUUGGAGGGUAAGGCACGUCAAUGGUUCCAGGGACUUCCCCCCAGGUCCAUUCGGUCCUUUGUCCAGCUCGCUCGACUGUUUGCGGCCCAGUUCGUCUCAUCGCAAGCCUUCUCCAAAAGCACGGCGCACCUGAUGACUAUCCAGCAAAGGCCUGAGGAAUCCUUACGUGAGUACAUGGUGCGUUUCAAUAACGAGUCCCUUCAGGUUCGAGAUCGCGAUGACAAGGUGGUCAUGGCUGCCUUCAUCAAUGGGCUGCGCAAACAGAAGCUCUACAUCGAGCUCGUGGAGAAACCUCCCAAGUCAGUGCAGGAAAUGCUAGACCGAGCUCAUGAGAAGGCCAAUGCGGAGGAAGCCAACCGUCUUAAAAGUGCCCAGGAAAGAUUAAGGGAUGACAAGCGCAGGAGGGGCGCCGACCAGGGGGAGGCACGGCCUGGCUCGGGAAGGAAAAACGCUUAUGACCGCCUCCCCAGGAGCCGUCCAAUGGGAGGAGACAAAUCCUGGACCAGCCUCACGGCACCUCGAGCUCGGGUGCUCGCAGUGAUGGAACAGGAGGGGCUCUCCCGACCUCCUCGACCUUUGGCUGGGGACAAAAGUAGACGGGACCAAGGUCUGUUUUGCGCUUAUCAUCGAGAUGUGGGGCACGACACAGAGGACUGCCGCCACCUUAAGAAAGAUGUUGAAAAACUGAUCAAACGGGGCCACCUCGGGCAGUUCAUACGAGAUGACCGAGCUGACCAGCCACGAGGGAGACCCAGGUCGGAACGUCCGAGCUACCACCGGGAUCGACCUCAGGGGCCUCAUGGUCGAACUCCUGAGCAGGAAGCACAGAAUCUAGCAGGGGUGAUUAAUACUAUUGCAGGAGGACCGGCUGGCGGGGAUAGUCACACAGCUCGGCGGCACAAUCGACCUUCCCCCGCGGGGGAGAGUUCGGCCAAGCGAUUGAAGAUGUACGAGGAAAUUAUCUACGGACCUGAGGACGCAGUCCCUCUGGCCUCCAACAAUCAUGAAGCUAUUGUGAUAGAAGUUAUCACCUGUAAUUACAAAGUGAGGAAGUUAUACAUAGACAACGGAAGUGCUAUAGACGUGCUGUAUUACAAGACUUUUAAGGAGCUGCAGCUGGAGGAUAGACAGCUCGUCCCGAUUCGGACUCCAUUGAUCGGGUUUGCAGGCCCUCCCGUGAGGCCGGAAGGAAUGAUCACUCUCAUGGUUACGGUGGGAGUAUCCCCGAAGUGCCGAAUUGUUCCGGUAAACUUCGCGGUGGUUAAGGAGCCGUCGUCGUACAAUAUGAUUCUGGGACGGCCCACACUGAAUGCCCUCCGAGCUGUUUGCUCCACGUUGCACCUCAGCAUGAAGUUUCCUACUCCUGAGGGGGUGGCUGAGGUGCUCGGGGAUCCAGAGGUGGCCAGGGCAUGCUACAUUGCCACCCUCAAGGGCAAGGAGAAGUUGGUAGCUCAAACAGUUUGCUUAGAGCCCUGA